CACCUCUCCACCGAAAGGCCGUUCUGACUGGCAGGGGGAGAAAGUAAACAGAGUUGAAUCACCCUCCCCGCUGGCCAAUUGGAGGGGGUUUGGAUUGUGACGUGAUGGGAUUCUGCGAAAUUGUUACUGAGCAAGAGAAUGCCGGAACGGUGCGGACCGGCCAGAGCAGGGGCUCAGAAGGCGUCCGCGGACUGGGGGAAAAGUGUCUCUUAGACCCCGCGCUCGGUCCGGCCCUCGCCGCGCGCGCCCGGGUGGUCGGCUGAAUGUCCCGCGGCUUCGGCUCGACGGAGAGGCGGCCGAGGGCGUGUACCUCUCUUGCAGUUUCCUCUCCCAGCGCCUCGGGGGCGUUUUCAAGCGCAUAAACUUGCGGCCGCCACGUGUGGCACCUUUCCAAGGGAGCCGGCUCGGAGCGGCCGGCGCGCCCGUCGGGGGGAUCGCGCCGGGCGCGGGGCGCGGGCGGCGGCGAGCGAGCGGCGGCAGCGCGGCGGAGCCCGGGGCCGUGGAUGCUGCGUGCGGAGGCGCUGCCGGUUACGUAAAGAUGAGGGGCUGAGGUCGCCUCGCGCUCCUGCGAGUCGGAAGCGCCCCGCGCCCCCGCCCCCUUGGCCGCCGCGCCGCGCCGCGCUCGUCGUCCGAGGCCAGGGCAGGGCGAGCCGAACCUCCGCAGCCACCGCCAAGUUCGGCCGCGCCGCCGGGGCUGCUGUCGCCCGCACCAUGUCCGCGGCCGCCUACAUGGACUUCGUGGCUGCCCAGUGUCUGGUUUCCAUUUCGAACCGCGCUGCGGUGCCGGAGCAUGGGGGCGCUCCGGACGCCGAGCGACUGCGACUACCUGAGCGCGAGGUGACCAAGGAGCACGGUGACCCGGGGGACACCUGGAAGGAUUACUGCACGCUGGUCACCAUCGCCAAGAGCUUGUUGGACCUGAACAAGUACCGACCCAUCCAGACCCCCUCGGUGUGCAGCGACAGUCUGGAGAGUCCGGAUGAGGAUAUGGGAUCCGACAGCGACGUGACCACCGAAUCUGGGUCGAGUCCUUCUCACAGCCCGGAGGAGAGACAGGAUCCUGGCAGCGCGCCCAGCCCGCUCUCCCUCCUCCACCCUGGAGUGGCUGCGAAGGGGAAACACGCCUCCGAAAAGAGGCACAAGUGCCCCUACAGUGGCUGUGGGAAAGUCUAUGGAAAAUCCUCCCAUCUCAAAGCCCAUUACAGAGUGCAUACAGGUGAGCGGCCCUUCCCCUGCACGUGGCCAGACUGCCUUAAAAAGUUCUCGCGCUCGGACGAGCUGACGCGCCACUACCGGACGCACACGGGCGAGAAGCAGUUCCGCUGUCCCCUGUGCGAGAAGCGCUUCAUGAGGAGCGACCACCUCACCAAGCACGCCCGGCGCCACACCGAGUUCCACCCCAGUAUGAUCAAGCGCUCCAAAAAGGCGCUGGCCAACCCCUUGUGAGGGCCGGGCGCGCCCGCCGGACAGGACUGUCACCUCCCCUCCCCCCAGCACCCUCCCAAACCCGCCACCACCACCACCCCCCUUCCACCCCGGGAGGGGCGCGCCCGCCCGCCCCCCCCCCCCACCCUCCGACCCCUGUCCCCCGCCUGGUUUUCUAAAAAGCACAGCGUAGCCUGAGAUCAAAGUCCACACUUGGUCCCCAAGCAGAGGCACUCUGACCGUCUCUGACUGUUGGAGGGAAGGCAAAUGCUUUUUUUUCUUUCUCUCUCUCUCUCUCUCUCUCUCUCUCUCUCUCCUUUAUUUUUUUUGGGGGGUGGGGUGGGGGGCGGAGGGGGGCGGGGGGAGGGGGGGAUAAGGCCAGGAGCGGGGUAGACUUUUAAAGAUUCAACACUGGUGUACAUAUGUCGGACUGGGUGAGCUGACCUGUGGCAUCACACAGUGAUCCUGGGCCCUUCCUGCUUGCUGUCUCUCAGAGUUGUUUUCUUACCCUCUUCGAUGUAAUGACGAGUGUGCUUCGGUUUCUUUAGCAAAACCACUCUCUUGAAUCACGUUAACCUUUGAGACAAAGAACAACCAGCCGCCCACCCACCCACCCACCCACCACGCCAUAGCACAGCUGUCUUUACGCAAGCAAGAGCGCACCUAUUCCAGCAUGAUCUGUCAUCUAAAGACUCGAAAACAAAACAAAACAAAAAAAAGUUACUUAUAGUCAAUGGGUAAGCAGUCUGAAUUUAUACUAAUCAAGACAAACCUUCAAAAGGUUACACUAAGUACAGAACUUUGAAACCUUGCUUUGUAUGACUCGUACUUUUUGAACAUAAGCUGCACUUUUAUUUUCUUAAUGCAGAGGAUGAAGAAGUUCAGUACAUGCUUUAAGGAUAGAAGCAGACAUUCUGUUUGGAACCACGUUAUAAUCUGCUUUUUUUUUAUUUUUUAUUUUUUAUUAUUAUUAUUUUUUUUACAGUAUACACAUUUCCCUAUGAAAUCAUGGCAGAGAUGUGAGGGCAGAAUAUAUACAACAGAUGCUGAAGGAGAAGGAGGGUAGUAUUUUUGUUUUUUUAAUUUCAAAAAGAACAAACAGAAUUUUAACUCUAUUAACUUUUCCAAAUUUUCCGAUCCUUUUAGUUAAUGUCAUCUUAUUGUUCUAAUGCCACGAAGGGAGAGGGUUUUGACUCUGUUGGGUUUUAUUUGAAUGGGUGCAUGACCUUAAGUUGCUCUGGAAACACCUAUUUUGUGGAGAAAAGAUUUGUUGGUCUCCUUCCCAUGUUCCCACAACUCCCAUUAACAGGUGCAAGAGUUGUGUGAAAGGAAAAGGGAGCUGACCUGUGAAAAGAAAAGCACAUCCCUGUGAGGAGUGAGUCCCGAGGGAAAAUAACCUGAUGAUUUCCAAGGUGACUUCAAAACUGUCCCUUUUGGAGAACGAAAGGCACACUUCCAUACGUACGAAGGAAAACACAUCACUGUAUCUUUUCCAUCAGAAGCCUCACCACUAUAUAUGUCUUGUAUCCAGGUGUCUACAAUGGCCUAAACCACUGCAUCCGUAAUCCGCCAUUCACCUGCAAACUUAAUUUUGGCCGUCACGUUGGCCAGAAAAAUGAACUGUUUUCAUAGCUAAGAAGAAACCUCAAGUAGGGGAGUCAGCUGUGAUCGUGGGAGAAAUGUUUACAUUUUCUUUUGUCAGAAAUCGUGCUUUUCUGGCAAUUUUAUCUGAUAUUUCAAACAGGGAGCUCCGGUGCACUCUGGUGGAUACGUGUACUAUGAGAUGUGUCACGCAAACGCAGGGUGCCUCCCUGUCCGCGAACUUGUUACUUCACCUGACAGUUUAGAACCAGUGUGGGUUCCUACAGCCGGCGUGGGUCACGGCUGACUCCGACGUCCAAUCCAAUAGCCAUCACUAGCAUGGUGUGUUUUACUUUUGUUUGUUUCACCAGUGUAGUCGUAUUAGUAGUUCUGUAAAGAGAACUGCUUUUAACAUUAGGGACUGGGAACGGUCCAUUGAGAUAAAAAGGAAAGUGUUUUCUCACGGGAAAACAUGUCAGGAAAAAUAAAGAACACUUUCUACCUCUGUUUCAGAUUUUUGAAACGCUUAUUUUAAACCAAAUUUUAAUUUCUGUGUCCAAAAUGAGUUUUAAGGACAUCUGUUCUCCCAUAUGAAAUAGGUUAGGCUGUCUCUUUCUUAACUGAGCUCAUGGAAUGUUUCUGCCUGUGACCCUCUACAGGCUGCCUUUUGGUGAGUGAGGAGUUUGGGGUUGCCUAGCAACCCGCUAACUUGGACAAACGCAUCUUCCCCCUCGCAGAAAGAAAUGAAGGAAAACCAAGCAAAGUCAGUGAAAGACAAUCUUUGUAGUUUCAGGAGUAAAUCUAUAUGUGGCUUUCGUCCAGCACUUACUUAGGCGGAUAUAAAUGCAGCAACUUGUUUUAAAAAAAAAAAAAAAAAAUUGCACAAUUUACUUCCCAAAAAAAGUUGUUACUUGCCUUUUCAAGUUGUUGAAGAACACACGUUUGAUAUUCUCUUACAUGUUAUAGUAACGUAACGUAUAAACUCAAGGCUUUUUAUUCUUCGUGAUAAAUCCUGUUUUAACAUGCCACAAAACAGGAACCAGCAUUCUAAUUAGAUUUACUAUAUCAAGAUAUGGUUCAAAUAGGACUACUACAGUUCAUUGAACACUCAAACUAUGAAGGAAUUACUUUUUAUAUUAAAAAGACCAUGGAUUUAACGUAUAAAAAUCCAAAUGCAGGAUAGUAAUUUUUGUUUACUUUUUUAACCAAACUGAAUUUUUCGAAAGACUGUUGCAGGUGUUUAAAAAGAAAGAAACGUCGUUUUAUCUAAUACUGUAAGUAAUUGUCCUAUUUUGGAAAAUUUAAUAGUUUUAGAGUUACGAUAACUCCUCUCCUUGGUUAGAAAAGAAGAAAGCCCUUCACCACUGUGGAAUGAUGCCCCAGCUUUAAGGUCUAACUCUACAUCAUGCUUCUUUUGAGAAUUACAUUUGGUAGUCAUAUUACAGGAAUUGAUUAGUUGUCAGUUUGCAGGUAGAUUUCGCACAGCGCCCAUCACUCUGGAUAGAUUGAGAUGUUCUUUCACAACAGAUGAAUGAUCUGUAACACUGUAAGAUACUGAUCUUUACAACUGUUUAAUCAGUUUUAUUUUUGUACAGUAUUAGUGACCUAAGUUAUUUUGCUGUCCCGUUUUUGUAAAUCAAAUGAAAUUAUAAAAGAGGAUUCUGACAGUUGGUAUUUUGUACAUAUGUAUAUAUGUUGUCCAAAUAAAAGUAAUAAAUGACAAAGA